AUGUAUUAUGUGGGGUUGGUACCAAGAUUUCAAAGCAAUCCUAGACUCUCUCAUCUUCAGGCUGCUAAAAGGAUUCUGAGAUAUGUCAAGGGUACUAUUUCCUAUGGUCUACAUUAUAUCUUCUCCUCAACAUUAUCUAUCACAGCUUUUUCAGAUGCUAAUUGGGGUGGAUCCUUACCUGACAAAAAAAGUACAUCAGGUUGUUGUUAUCUUCUUGGUUCCAACUUAGUUUCUUGGUUAAGUAAGAAACAGGAUACUGUCUCUUUGUUUACUUCAGAAGCUGAAUACAUAGCUGCUUCUCAGGCUGGUUCUCAACUUCUCUGGAUGCACACUACUCUUGCUGAUCUUGGUCUUCAUUUCUCAGGUCCUCCUAAACUCUAUUAUGAUAAUCAAAGUGCCAUUGCCAUAAGCAAGAAUCCUACACUUCACUGGAAGAGCAAACAUAUUGACAUCAAGUAUCACUUUCUCAGAGACAAAGUUCAGAAAUGCCUCAUUGACAUUACUUACUUACCAACUGAAAAUCAACUGGCAGAUAUCAUGACUAAACCUCUUUUCCCUCAACGGCUUUCAACCCUCAGAGCUCUUCGCAGGGUUGUUCCACCCCCUUUCUAA